UACUAUUAAACCAGUUAGGAGACACGUAUAUUGUUCUUUGGUUUCUCUCCAAUACAAAAUUUAGUUUUUUCUCCGUGAUCAUCAUUUUGUCAUCAAUUUCUCGGUAGAGGCAACUGACACAACAUGGUUUCAGAGUUGAUUGUUUUUAAGCACUCCAAAAGAACAAUACUUCUUUCUGGGUGUGUUACUGCUAUUGAUGAAUACAUGAACGAUGAAAUGCCUAUUGGAUGGCCAUUUGGUCUGGGCUUUCUGAAUACAAGACUUAGAGAUGUAGAAUCACUUCCAGCUGCUCCAGUAGAGCCACACUCAAUGCACAUUCCGUCCACCAGUUUUUCCUCAUUCUCAUCCUCCAACCUUGAUACUGAGUCGACAGCAUCUUUCUUUCAAGACAACAGUGUAUCCCUGGGGCAUCUGAUUGGGCUGAGAGCAGGAGAAAAGGGACGGUUGUACUUUCCAAACUCAGUGAGAAUAGAAGAAAGGGAGGAGAAAACAUUAGCAAAGUGUUCCACUUCUGACGAUGGCUCUAAAGUAAAAGAAGAAGAAAUGUCUGGUGGCAUUUGUAUAUCUAUACUACUUGAGGCCCUAUUCAAGAUCAGCAAAAGUAAGAAAAGUUCAAGUAACUAGCCUUGUCUCUACUCAAAAUUAACAACAAUCAUUUUUCUUUCGUUUCCCAUUUAAACUUUCCAAAGUAGAAUAGAAAAGGGAGUCUUGUGUAUUUUGUUAUUCUGUUCUUUAGCAGCAUUCUGUCUCUUCUACCACAUCUUUGCAUACCCAAUAAAAUGUUUUCCAGUUCUUGUGAU